GCUUCCAUACGAUUGUUUAACUGUAAAAUAUAAGGUGUUUCCAUACUUGUGGAGGGUACUGUAAUUUUAUAAUAGAAGAAGCAGACAAACAGUGUGUGUUUGUGUGUGUAUGUGUGUGUUGCGUCGUAAACUAUCGACGACUCAUCAUCCUCGAUAGUUUCAUCUUCUCUCUCGUGAGACACAUUUCCUUGUACAUUCUUCUCUCCUUUUGGAAAAAGAAGACAAAGCCGGUUAUAGUGAUAUGUUAUAUUAAAUUUAGCGAGAUUAUUAAAAAAAAUCGCGUAAUCGUCUACAUUAAUAGUGCUGGAAUAAAAUCAGAUCAAUCUUUCGAGAUUUUGUUAAGAGACAUAAAGAGGAAAAGAUAAUUUGAAUAUAUUAUAUGUGUAUAAAUUGCAUUUUAAUACCUUCCUUUCUUACAUUUCAUAUAAAACAUAAAGUAUACAAAAAUUUAAUAUAGAAUUUUUUAAUUUUUCAAAAUUCCAAAUCUAUGUGAGAACUAAUGAAUACUGAUAAAUUGGACUGAUUUAAUUAUUUAUUGAUUUUAAAGUAUAUCCUUAUGUGAAAUAAUGUGUCAAAAAAAUUUCACGUUUUUGUGUUGCGGAUUUUUUCUCCUCAUUACUUUACCAAAAUCUCAGCAAAAUUUUAUCAACAAUGAGAAGAGAGGUGAUAAUUUGACGAUGCAAUAUAAAGCAGACACGGAUUCCACAACAAUUUACAGCGACGAAAUAAAAGCACCGCGAUAUAAUAUGCGUGAAAAGCAUGCCAACAACACACAAUACGUUCACAAUCAUAAGGAUGAUGAUCAAAUACCGAUAAACUCGACAUAUGUCAAUCAUAAAGAAAACUCUACGUCUCAGGAAGUUUAUAAAAAUCUGCUUGAAAAAAAUGAUUCCAUGUCGAAUAAAGUUUUUGAAAAUUUCACUAAGGAUAGUGAUGAACGUAACAUCGUUCCAUACGAAAUGUGCCAUGAUACUACUUGCAUUCUGCUCUGCUGUCCUCUUGGCAAUCGCAUGAGUAUGCUUAACAGGAAAUGCAUUUCCGAAGAAAUAAAAUCCGUUUUUCCGAAUGUCUACGGAUACACGAACGAUUCGAUGCAGAGCGAAAAUAAGAGAGUGGACGAAUUUUUUCAGUUAGCCGUCCACGAUUCGUGUCAGGGAACAAAUAGUUAUAUAGCUCCCUUUGAUCUUAAGAACGAUUACAAGAUUUUUGCCAAUAGUUCUAUUUAUUUAUCUUAUUUUCAAACAUUUGUCAAAUCGACAUCAUAUUGUCUCGUCAUAUAUUUGGAAAGAGAGGAUGAUAAGUUCGAGGUAAAUUUCUGUUUAGAAACUGUAGAUGAAAUCAAGAAAUCAUUAGUGUGGUCAACUGAGGUCCGCACAAGAUUGAUUACAACAGUCAUAUACGUGAGCUUCCGUGUAAUGUCCUCACUACUUUUGAUGUCAAUAUUUCUGGUGUACUCCAUAUUGCCAGAGCUCCGAAAUGUACACGGCUUCAUGUUACGCAAUUACAGCGGUGCCUUAUCCAUCGCGUACACAUGUAUGGUUAUCAAUAUGACUACGGGGCAAGCGAAUGUACUGUAUCCCAUCUGGAUUGCAAUUGCCUUCGUUAAAUGUUUCUGUUUUAUGUCGGGUUACUUCUGGCUAAGUGCCAUGAGCUUUAAUUUGUGGCGGACAUUCAGAGGAUUCUCUUCCUUACGAAGAAACGUCAGACAAUCAGGGAAAAAAAAGUUGAUGUAUUAUGUGACUUUUGCGUACGGUUGUUCAUUUAUAGUUGCUGUUAUUUGUGUCAUCAUGGAUUUUAUUUCUCCAUAUGUAUCAAAAAUUAUGCAACCUCAAUUUCAAUUAGGAUUUUGCUGUUUCCAUGACAAUGACACAUUUGUGUUGUAUUAUUACGGGCUCAAAAGUGUCUGUGUCAUUAGUAGCGUUUGCUUAUCCAUUUCUACGGUACUGAACAUAAAACGCUUCGAAAAGGAUACAAGUCUUCGUCUAACAGAUUCGGAAAGCAAGUGCUAUAAUGACAAUAAAAAAUGGUUUAAUUUAUAUCUAAAGUUAUUCGUCAUGCAGUUUCUCGUGAUGGGCACACGUUGGUCUUUGGUUGCAAUGUCACGGUUGUCUGGAAAUUUACUCAAUUAUUACAUUACUUUUAUGAUUAAUUUGUUGGAGAUUGUGCAGAAUUUCUGCAUCUUUAUUAUAUUUGUAUGGAAAAAAAAGAUUAAGAUGAUGUUACUGAAACGAUUCUGAUGAAAGAUGAAUAAUGCAAUAACAUCGAGCACUUGAUUACCACGAACUGUCAUGCAAACAGUAUACAUAUUAUUUAAUCAAAUCCAUGAAUAAACAUAAAUUAUUAUCCCAUAAAUAAUUUUUAAAAAAAUAAUCUUGUGAAAGCUAUACUGUGUAUUAAUAGUGAUACGUGUGAAACUUUGAUAUAUGUAUAAAAAAAUUAUAAAUUUAACUUAUAAGUUUAAAAAACACAUGUAAUACAACUUAUACAUAAAAUACUAAAUUAACGAGAAAAGUGUCGUUUUUUG